GAGCCAUUGACGCAGUCCUCUUUGGCAAUGGGUUUUUAACAGAGGCGCAGUCUGUGUAGGAACAGAGAAAAGUGUUUUGAAACAAAGAUAAAUGGUGGCAAACAGAAGAAUGAAGUGGUGAGAUGGUUUGAACUGUUCUGAUUUCACGAUGUUGCUGUCGUGCUGUCCUGCGCGCUUCGAACCUGUGUGGAGCCUCUGGAGUGGACACAACUGGUGUCCUCUCAUAUUCACAGCAGCAACCAGUUGGCUUUGAGCAUCAGGUGAACGUUUCAGACAAUAUUCCUACUUCUUCUUCCUCGUUCUCUGGGCUACACUUUUAACAGAGGAGCAGAGAGAGUGUGGACGCACCCAAACAAGUAUGACCAAAGGAUCCGCGCCCUGACGCGUUCCGGUGAGUGCAUGUUGGACCGGUGAGAGUGUGGACUAGUAUGAAGCGCCAUGGCUUGGUGUGACCGCGGGGUUCAAACGCUGCUGGCCACUGUAGGGGCUUUCGCUGCCUUCAGCCUGAUGACCAUCGCCAUCGGCACGGACUACUGGCUCUAUUCGCGGGCGUACAUCUGCAACACCACCAAUGCCACCACAGACGAGACGCAAUCGCAGCCCAAAACCAAGAAGGGCGACCUCACCCACUCCGGGUUAUGGAGAAUCUGCUGUAUUGAAGGCAUCAAUCAAGGCAGCUGUUACAGGAUCAACCAUUUCCCUGACGACAAUGACUACGACACAGACAGCUCUGAAUAUCUGCUGCGUAUAGUUCGUGCCUCCAGUGUGUUCCCCAUCCUCAGUACCUGCCUGUUGAUGCUCGGGGGGAUGUGUGUCGGGGUGGGCCGAGUCUACAACAAGACAAACAACGUCCUUCUCAGUGCAGGCAUUCUCUUUGUAGCUGCAGGUCUGAGCAACAUAAUUGGCAUCAUCGUCUACAUCUCCAGCAAUGCAGGAGACCCCAGUGAUAAACGUGACGAUGACAAGAAGUACACUUACUCCUAUGGCUGGUCCUUCUACUUUGGCGCCCUCUCCUUCAUUGUGGCCGAAACUGUGGCUGUCCUCGCCAUCAACAUUUACAUUGAGAAAAACAAGGAAGUUCGCUGGAGGGCACGGCGUGAGUUCAUCCGUUCACUCUCUUCCUCUUCCCCGUACUCGAGGAUACCGAGCUUCCGCUACCGCCGGCGGACAUCGCGUGCCAGCUCUCAUUCUACAGAGGCAUCACGGGAGAAUUCGCCGGUAAUCGGUCUGAAGGGUGCGCCAUCUUCCAGUGGGCCCCUGGACGAGCUGUCCAUGUACGCCCUGGCGAGGGACAGCGUGACGGAGAACACGUACAGUCCUGAACAUGAGGCGGCUGCCGAGUUCCUCCAGGUCCAUAACUGUUUCCCCAAUGAUUUAAAGGACGGGGUGAAUCGCAGGACCACACCAGUGUGAGAGGCAUAUUGCUGGGCUCAAGGUUCACCUGGAAGUGGAUGAACAGGAAAUGAUGAAAAAUCAGUGGGCUGAUCUGUUGGAGCCUGAGUUCUCGCCUGCCAUCUUAGAGGCGCAGUUUUCAGCCAGACUGUCCUUUAUGAAAAGUCCAGAGGAGAAGAGAGGACAGAGCGCUGGACAGAAGACGAGCCAAAUAACAGAACCUGAGUCAUUUAUCUGCUUUUAGAGAUCAAAGCAGAAUAGAGUUACAUUGUCUGUGCUGUAGCUGAUGCAAAAUAUGUGUUAUCUUUCAACUGUCAACAAAAUGCUUAAAUGAACAGUGUGUGGAUCACAACCCUUGUUUGUGUAAUAGUCACUGAAUAUUGUGGGUAAACUUGAGAGUGAAGCAUUGAGAUAUGCUAAUCAGCAGUAUUCUACCUGUAAAUUAUUUAACAAGGUGCUAAAUGAAAUGUAUUCUUCAACUUGAAAGUGUUCCAUUUGUGUGUGCAAUUGCUAUAAAGUGUGGACCUCUCUCCAAAGUUUGUAUUGUGUCCUCAUAACCAGUUUGGUCUUGCCUUAGGUUUGAAAGAGACAACAGGGGCUCUGUCUCUCAGCACUGUCCUUUAGAAUAAUGUAUGGCCUUUUAAACAAAGUCAAAUUAUAAAUAUUUUCAACAUAUCUUUUUCAUGAGAGUAUGGUGUGGGAGUCAGUAUCUUUACAAAUGAUUGACUUGCUGAGUUGUAAUGUUUAGUAUGUGUUUAAUAUUUUAGCAGAGUGUGCAAGUCGACCAUCCAAUCCUCCGAAUGAUAUGAAAGGUUUUGUCUCCCUCGCUGUCUCGUAAUCCUAUUCUUCUCUGACAUUUGUCAGUGGAACAAAAUGUCCCCGUUUGUCACCUCCGUUCAGUGGCCCUUUUUUAUUCACUUCCAUAUCAGUCCGCCAUCCUUCCAUCACACCCCCCGAUGGAUGUGACAUUGUGUAUGUGCCUGUCUCAAGAGAAGAGCAGCUGACAAAAAAGGGGUGCCCAGAACUGUAAAAACGGCACAGGUCAGGACUUCCUUUUGCUCUGAAUGAAGCCCUGGCAUCCAGAGUGUUUGGGGGAUAAGAAUCAGAGCCAGGCAGAGAAUAUUUGUCUGUCUGUCACACCGCCUGUGAGUCCAUCUGGAUCCCCACCCCACCCCCCCAUGUUAAACAGAGGACCCAGACAGAAGCAGAGGGAGCUGUCUGCGACUGCGUCCCUGAAGGAUUUGGCUCUAGUAAUCAGACGUGUGUGUGUAUUGUUGUCCAUCACUGCUCUUUCUUUUAGUUCUCUCAGGAAAUACUGUGUUGUUGUGGCAGGUUGAACACUUUGAGGUCCUCUCCCUACUUUGUGGCAGUGCUGGGAAAUGGACCAGUGAUCAAGAUAAACCUGCUGAAAAUCAGUUUAAAAAAAAAAAUUCCAUUACUGUAUUUAGUAAAUGCUGUAAGUGUUUGCUUGAGUUUGCUCCAAGAACCAGCUGGGGUGGGUUUUUUCAGUCUUAGGGCUAUUCAGUUGGUUCUGGUUUGGCAAGCGAGCUCACUCAACCACAGAAUAGUAUUUGAUUGUAUUCAGUGUGUUUGAUAUUCCAUUAGAGAUACCACUUCAUAUACCAGGCUGAGCUCAUGUAAAAGAAAGCCAUCAGUAUGAUCCAUUUGGAGUGUAGAUCUUACACUUUUAUAUUACAGUUUGGAGGAAAAAAUCUAAAUGUGUUUGUUUGUAAUGUAAAACUGUAAAGUUGUAUAUAAAAGUACAAUAAAAAUUCAAAAAAGAACGAAAACACUGAAUGUGCAAAGACAUGAACAGAGGAUUCAAAGCAUUAUUUUACUGAACAAUGUCUCAAUAAUAAUGCCUUGAUGCAGUCUGACAUUGGUCAUACUAUUCAAUUUACCAUUUUAUAUUCAGGUAAGCACACACUGGUUUUGCUGUUAUCAGUCAAAAAGUUGAAUCUAUUGAAUAUUCUGUUUUGUAAGGUGAAGUACAGUAAGUACGUUUAGGAUACCAAACUAUAUUUUCUAUUCCAUGUGUAUAUGGCAGCUGUACUUUACUAAAUGUGCUUAUAUUGAUUUAUGGAUUACUAAUGUUGUGAAAUAAGCACAUUCUCAAUUUUUUUUUCAAGAAAUUAACUAUAGACAUUUGAGUACAGAUGUUCAGAAGGGAGGCACUAAUUGGAUGAGUUGCAUGAUUAAACAAAGGAACUUGUCAUAUUGUAUCAAAACAAAUGAACUCCUUUUCCAGGCUACAGUUUCUAGACCAAACUUACUGGAAUAACAUCACAAUUGUAAAUGUAUUUCAUCUUUUUAUAUUGGAUAGUAGAGUGCCUUUGUUUUAUUUAUAAUAUACUGUAUUUCCAACCAAGAAAGCAUUUUUAUUUCGUCUGAAUUUACUUACAUUGUUUUUCCCAUUAUCACUUUUUAGUUACAACCCAAAACAUACUGUACAUAGACUAAUAAACUAAAUCAGGGUCA